AUGGCCCCCGCGUCACUUCUGGACAACUGGCAGCGCGAGCUGCAGCGCUGGUGCCCACCAGUCCUCCCAAUACCUCCAAUUCUUCAAAAUCCCCUGCCGUGCCUCCUUCCCUCAGGCCGUGGUGCUGCUGGGGCUGCUGGCUCACCUGGACAGCAACCCGGCGCCCCAUUUAGUGGCGGUGGUGCUGCUGGGGCUGCUCGGUCACCUGGACAACAAUCCCGGACCCCAUUUAGUGGUGGCCCCUGCCUCUCUGCUGGACAACUGGCAGCGCGAGCUGCAGCUCUGGUGCCCCCACCCCCCAAUUUCUCCAUCACCUUUCAUCCCCUGCUGCUGCCCCCUCAGGCGGUGGUGCUGCUGGGGCUGCUCGCGCUGGUGCCCCCACCCCCCAAUUUCUCCAUCACCUUUCAUCCCCUCCUGCUGGCCCCUCAGGCGGUGGUGCUGCUGGGGCUGCUCGGUCACCUGGACAACAAUCCCGGACCCCAUCUAGUGGUGGCCCCCGCCUCGCUCCUGGACAACUGGCAGCGUGAGCUGCAGCUCUGGUGCCCGCAGCUGCGGGUGGUGCUGUAUCACGGGGGGCAGAGGGGGGCGCUGCGGGAGCUCUACGGCGGGAAGGGAAAGAAGGGGAAGAAAGGGAAGAAGGAGAAGCGGAGGGAGAGGCGGAGGAAGGGAGAAGGAGGGGGAGGUGAGGGUAGUGGAGGGGAGGGGGAGGAGGAAGAGGAGGAGGAGGAAGGGGAAGGGGGGAAGCUGGGAUUUGAUGUGUUGCUGACGUGCUACUCGCUGUUUGAGCGGGACAGCGCCGCCCAGAGAGACGACCGGAAGUUUCUGCGCAGGUUCCGGUUCUCGUGUGUUCUGAUGGACGAGGCGCACCUAUUGAAGGACAGGAGCAGCCAGCGUGCGAUGAAGCUGCGGCAGCUGGCACAGGCGGCGGAUUACCGGCUCAUGCUUACUGGGACUCCCCUGCAGAACGAUCUUCAGGAGCUCUGGUCGCUGCUCGAGUUCCUGAUGCCAGCCGUAUUCACGGCCCACCAGUGCGACAUUGCAGAAUACCUGGGCAAGAGGGAUCAGCCGUCCCAGAAGGGGGGAGGAGGAGGGGGCCCAGCGGAUGAGGGGCUGAUAGGGCGCAUGAAGGCCAUUCUGGGGCCAUUUGUGCUGCGGCGAGUGAAGGCGGACGUGAUGAAGCAGCUGGUGGCGAAAGUGCAAAAGGUGAGACAAGGGGGGGAAAGGGGGCAGACGAGACAGGGAAGAAGGAGCAGAUGGGAUGAGGGGCUGAUAGGGUGCACGAUUCUAAGCCCGUUUGUGCUGCGGCGAGUGAAGGCAUAUGCUAUGAAGCAGCUAGUGAAAAAAUCCAGAAGAACGAGUGGUGUGUGUGGGGAAGGGAAGAGUCAGCAAGGGGUUGAGAGGAAGGGGAGCAGUGGGCAGCAGGCACUUGAUUUGGUGGCCGGAAGAGACACGGCCGCUGUGGCAGCGGCGUUGGAUGCGAUGCCGCGGUGCUCCACAAGAGGGGCUUGUUUGGGGGGGAGUGGAGUGCACGCAGAGUUGACUUUUGAGUCGACUCAAAAGUCGGCCGCUGUGGCAGCGGCUGAGGAUGCGAGCCGCGGUGCUCCACAAGAGGGGCUUGUUUGGGGGGGAGUGGAGUGCACGCAGCAGCGAGUGGAGGAGGAGGUACGGGGCUACUGUAACUUCAUGCUCAACCUCUCUACUUCUGUCAUGCCUGGUGUUGGUCUCGCCAACCACCCCCUCCUCGUCCGUCGCCUCUUCUCAGACACGGCAGUCACAGAGAUGGCGGGGGUGCUCCAUAAGAGGGGUGUGUUUGGCGGGGAGUGCACGCGGCAGCGAGUGGAGGAGGAGCUACGAGGCUACAGCGACUUCACGCUGAACCACCUGUGUGCCGCUCACAGCGACGCGCUCUCCCGCUUCCUGCUCUCCCGGGAACAAUUCUUCCACUCCUGCAAGUGCCAGGCUCUCUCGUCGCUCCUUCCCCAGCUGAAAUCCGACGGUCACCGUGUGCUGCUGUUCAGCCAAUGGACGGCUGUGCUUGACAUUCUGCAGCACGUGAUGGGGCUGCUGGGACUGACCUUCCUUAGACUGGAUGGCAGCACGCAGGUGGCACAGAGGCAAGCCCUGGUGGACGAGUUCAACCGGGACCCUUCAGUGUUUGCGAUGCUGCUUUCGACACGGGCAGGCGGGCAAGGUUUGAACCUGACCGGGGCAGACACGGUGAUUCUGCAUGACGUGGAUUUUAACCCUCAGAUGGACAGGCAGGCAGAGGACAGGUGCCAUCGGAUCGGGCAGACUCGACCUGUAACUGUCGUGCG